AUGAUUUUCACGAAGCAAGAAUGGUACACGCCGGCCGAAGUUGCGAUACAUGAUAAAGCGAGUGACUGCUGGGUGACUCUCAAUGGAAAGGUAUACAACCUAACACCCUGGUUGGAGCAGCAGUUCAGACUAUGCAGAUGUACCAAGAGCUGCUCGUGUCCUGUCAAGAACUGGUUCUGCGGGGAUGACUGUGUGGAAUACUGUAACUGCUUCAAGCGGGGGUUCUUCUACUGCGAUGGGAAGCGGCUAGCGAUGACAAUAGUCGCGUACGCCGGCAAGGAUGUCAGCCACUGGUUCCACGCUGAGGAGUGGGUUAAGUACACCCACCCCAUCACCGGCACCACCACCACAUACCUGCCCCACGGGCACGGCAUAAGGCAGCCAGUGGUACCAUCCACCAGGUGGCGCCCCUUCUACCAGCCGUGGUGGACGGAUGAGUCUUUGGUGGUAGGCAAAGCGACGGCUAAGACCAGGCCGAUUCGAAUCACUAAUACGAUAACUGGUUCAACAGUUACCCUUGAAGUGUGCUCAGAAGAGACCCUCUACCAAGUGAUGAUGCGCUACCUACCCCACAACCGCCACCUGCACUCAUACACCUGGCGUUACCUGGGCAAGCCUCUCUGCCUGAACAAGACCUUGGCUGAGAACGGCAUCCCUGAUGAGAGGGAGAGGUUCAAUGAUGUCGCCUUGCCAGAGAACAUGCACAUUCCCGCCAUCUUGAUCUAUUAUAACGACGAUCUGACUGAAGAUCCACCUCGCGAUGACUGCUUCUGCCACGACACUGGCCGACCUACGUGCUUGGGACACCCUGAAAAUUGCCACGAAAUUUAA